GCUAUCCAAAAUUGCCCAAAUUGCCAGAAGUAAAGGUUGAAAUCUUAGAAAGUAGAAAAGUCAAUUUUGUGUGUGAAUUUGAACUGAUUAAAGGUUAUGAUGUAGAGUAUGAGAUAGAAUAUUAUCUUGGUGAAACAUCAUUAUUUAAAGAUAGAUUAAAAGAUGGAAUUAUACCUAGAUUAGCUAGUAAUAAGAUCACCAAAAUUACUUCAAAUAUGCAGAUUAAAUGUAGUGUGGUGGCAUGCUUUAAAGAUAAUUGUGAAGGAAGUCAAGGACCACCAUCUGUAGGUCCUGGAGUCAAUCCUGGUAUUCAGAUUAUUACCAAGAGUUUGACUGUUAUUGAAGGCUCAAUCAAUGAAAUGAUUAAGAUCAAGAGUAAUGUACCACCAUCUUUCUUCUGUGGUGAUGAUGAAGACUGCGAAGUGAGAAUUAUGGCUGGUAUUCGAGCUGCCAAAGAACAGAAAUGUCCCGAUAAGCGAGUCAUACCUCAAGCUGUGAUAGCAUGGACUGGAGAUGUUGACCAAGCACCAUUCUGUGGAGUGACACUCAGCAAAGCGAAAUGGAAUGAGUAUCAUUUGAUUGCUGUCAAAGGUGUGGUAGACUCUCUAAAAGAUGGAGAUAAAAAUAGAGUUGUUGAAGUUUGGGUGUCUGUCAUCACUAAAGUCAAAACCAUCAAGAUUGAACUAGGACAGGUCAAGCUUAAAAUCAAAGAUGGUGAUAAAGCCUCGAUAUGUAAAUCAGUAAAUGAUCCACAUAUUACAACAUUCGAUGGAAG